CGGGGAGCCGACAACGCCGCAAUAAUUCGUCAGUGAGAUCGGACUUAGUCACUUUACUUGUUAGACAGAGACGACAAGUGAAACAAGUAAACAUGGCGCCGUGUGACCCACCAUAUCAUUUUUAGUGUGUAUCGUACACGCAGUAUCUUUAGAUUUAUCUCGAAUAAGUAGGAAAUCUUUUUAGAUAAGUACAACCCGAGUAUGUAACUGCAGCUACAACAAGUGCCAACUGAAUACUUUCGUAUACGAGUGUUUGAAUCCGAAUAGUUGAAUGAAUAGUGCCUCGCAUAUGCACAAAUGUGGAUUAGUCAAGUGCCAAAUAAUGAUGUAAACAUUGCGCCGACAACAAAACAUCCAGUGGGCGAAUAGUCGCUUCCUCCAAUAACUGAUAAUUUGACGAGAUGGGAAGCGGUGUUGACAGCUACUUGCACAAGAAGUUCAAAAAGCAACUGAGCAUCCAAAAUGACUACAAGGUAUCGGUCGAUGUGGUGGAAAAAAAUCAAGAAAAAACGGUGAAUUGCAGAGUGCAGUGCGGUAGAGUUAACGAUACGAUAAGUGUGCCAAAUCAAAGUACAAAUAAUCAAAAUGACUUUUUCGACAACAACAAGUCUUCCAUAUCAGUAGAGUGUAUCCAAUCGAGCAUAUCAUACGACGUUUCCGACAAUGAACAUAUUCAAACGCAGACUUUGACAGGACCAAGCACCGCGUUCACGUCUUCCACAUACGAACAUAUUAAUAUUAAUAAACCUAAAAACACCGACCAAGAAUCGUCGCAAGUCAAAGAGGAAAUACAACCGCCCCCGGAUAGAAACUCAAGCGGGAAAUACGUCUGCAAUUACUGCAACUUGGUGUGCUCUAAACCUAGCGUGCUGCAGAAGCACAUCAGGGCGCACACCAACGAGAGACCGUACCCGUGCCACAGCUGCGGAUUCAGCUUCAAAACGCGAUCCAACUUGUACAAGCAUUGUCGGUCUCGAACGCACCACAACAGAGUUAUGGGCAACAAAGCGCAAGAGUUGGUUAGCGAGGGGGAAUCCUCGCGACCAAUAGCGUACCCCGAGGAAAAAAGCAACGAAUCGCAGGACUCCAAGAAGCCCUACAAACCCAGAUUCCACACCACGUCCAAGGAGAACAUCGAAGACGACGUUAUCACGCACAGAAUCAACUGUCUGAUUAACAACAACUCGUCUAUAGUGAACUCCAGCGAUCCUAUUUUCGCGAGGAAGCGUAGCACCCAGGAAAUACCGCAGGAACCGAUUAAUAACAACGAUUACUCGCUGAGAGUCCCUUACGUUGACCAAAGAAAUUCAGACGAACCGCUGAAUCUAUCCAACAAAAAUCGCAAGCGAUCUAUGAGCGAGGUCGCCGAACCGACGGUCCAAACCGCCCAGAAAAGCCUCAUCAAAGAGUUACUACUGAAAAACGUCUAUUCGAACCACAACAUGCAAUGCCAGUACUGCAAGAUGAUAUUUCAGACUGUCACGGAGCUUGAGUUGCACGAGUUCAGAUCGUGCAAAGGAAAACCGUCCGGAGCGAAGUAUACGAGAAGUAGCUCGGUGAACGUCGCCUCGAUACUGACGCAAAACAAGAACGCCUUCGACAGCAUACCGUACCUGCAAAACACCACUUUCCCGUUGAAUUCCCCCGGGCCGUUCCUGGGAAAAACCAGACUCGUCGACAGCGAUAAGAGCAAAUCCUUUUCCUUUGAUGACGGCUUGCGUACUUUAUCAUCGAACGAUACCAACUUUCCGUUCGAGAAGAGAACGCCGGUUAAACUGUUCGGCGGCGAGGUCAAGAUAACCCAAACUACCGGGGAAACCAAGAAGUUCAAAAUCGACAACAAAGAAACCGAAAAGAAGAGCUACGACUACGACAGCAAAGUCAGCGAGAAUCGCGUAAUAAAAUUCAGCUUGCAAUCCGGCGGAACCGUUUUGACCAACAAACCCAAGCCGGAAGCGCGCGUUUUGCAAGGCUACGAUAACACGCCCAUGUCGCCCAGCAUAGACUUGAGAAACGUUGCAAAACCGCAGAUCACGUUCGAGAAAUACGAAAAAGAACCUUCUGGCGAAGUGGAAGUGCCCCGUUCUCCAAACACGAAUAAUCUGAGCUACAUGCCGGAUAUAAUGGACUUCAGUCAGAAGGCUGUGAGGUUGUUGACGCCCACUAUCAAGCACCCUUCGAUCGUUAUGAAUAGAUUCAAUUUUGAUUUCGAAAAAGAAAGAAGUCGCAUGCACGAUCCUUUGGAGACGCAGGGCUACAGUCCCCUGCCUCGAGGUUUAAACGCUAGAGUACCUGAACCCAGACUGUCUCCCAAGAGCUACAACCCCCUGAAUCUACUCGUCGAGGGAAAAAUAGUGCGGUACGUCCCCGGUAUGCCCGGGCCCGUUGUGGCUGAAGAUCCAGAGGAUUUGGCCCAGAAAAACCGAAUAAUCGUCACUCUUCCAAAAAGGGUUCCUCCUUCUCCGAUAGUCAAAACUUUCUCGGAACCCAUGGAUACCAGUGAAACUCCACCACCGCUAACCCCUGACGUUCUAAUGAGCCCCAUAAAAAAAUUUCCCUUGCGGAUACGAAGCAACAACUUCAAAGGCAAAACGGACGCGUUAGAGAUCAAAACGGACUUGGAAACGAAGUCGCCGACCAUCAAAGUGAUCGAAUUUAAAUCGCCGGUCAAAGAACUCAUCGGCGAGACGAAAAAAUUCUCGCGACCGAACAGUUUGGCCCUAAAACCGACGACUGCGUCGCUAAAGCAGCACCACGGCUUGACGCCGACCAAAUUCAACCAAAUCCUGAUAAGCCCCGAUACCCCGAGGGUCAACAAGAAAUACGUCGAGCACUACCUGCACGGCAACUACUUCAGCUACCUGGACCUGAAGAGUUCCACCAAGCCGGUGUAUUGCACUCUGAACAAGACGCAACCGUUUUACGUGCCGCAUUUUAGCAAGCUGAGCAUGUAUUCCGAGUGGAGGCAGCAAGACACCAAAGCGGAUAAAUUUUACGUUAGCGCGUACGACUCGCGGCAGAGGUCGCAACGGUACAGCUCGGCGGGAAAGACUACUCCGGAUGUUGUCAUCAACUCCAGCUUUAAGACCCUGGUAACAGAAGUGCCAUCUGAAAGUCCGGAAAAGGAUGAUAUUUCGAAAUCGAAUCCAGUUUUGGGAGGUUAUGAAAGUAAUGAAGACUAUACUUAUAUUAGGGGUAGGGGUCGUGGGCGAUAUGUGUGCGACCAAUGCGGCAUCAGAUGUAAAAAACCAUCGAUGCUGAAAAAGCACCUACGAACUCAUUCUGUGGAUCGGCCGUACACCUGCAUACACUGUAACUUCAGUUUUAAAACUAAGGGUAAUCUGACUAAACACAUGAAGAGCAAAGUCCACACGAAAAAUUAUUCGGCCGGAAGCGGUUCUAGUUCCUCAACGCAGCAAAGCGGCACUCAGAGCUCAGAUUCCGAUACUGACGACAGCGGAAUGGACAGUAGUGAUGAGUCUACGCGUCAGCAAGAACACGAAGCGGCAUACGGUUUGCUGUCUUUGUCGCAAAAAAACACGCAAAAAAUCACGCAAAACGACGUCACGGGAAAUUUGAAUAGAAGUUGUAGUCCUGUACCUCCAAAUGACAACUUAAUGUCCGUCGAAGAACCAAAAAAUAACUACGUCAGCAAUAUGGUUGCGGAGAGACCGGUCCUUAACUUUCCAGCGUCAAGUUCUCCCAUGAAUCUGACCGACGUGUCGGUGGACAAAACGUUCGUGGACGUGGCCACGCAGCAAGUGAAGUUGGAGAAGAACUCCCUGGCUAAAAGCGUGGCCUCGGAGUUUCUGAAGUUGGCCACCAAGAACGAGAUGAACCCCGACGGUAGCGCCAUCGAGGCGGCCACUUUCGGACCGAUCAACAAGGACGUAAACGACUUGAUUGUCAAGCCGGAAGGCAACAAGAGUUGCACGAUAUGCGCGAAGACUUUCAGCAAGCCCUCGCAGCUCAGGUUGCAUAUGAAUAUACACUAUCUUGAAAGGCCGUUUAGGUGCGAACCGUGUUCGACGAGUUUUAGAACCAAAGGGCAUCUGCAAAAGCAUGAAAGAAGCGCUGGACACCAUAAUAAGUUGUCUUCUUCUCCGGCCUUGUCGUCGUCGGAACCGCGGCCGUUCAAGUGCACGGAUUGCAACACGUCGUUCAGGAUACACGGGCAUUUGGCGAAACACCUGCGCUCCAAAAUGCACAUUAUGAAGCUCGAGUGCCUGGCCAAGAUACCGUUCGGUCUCUACGCGGAACUAGAGCGGUACAACUGUCUCCUGACGGAAAUCAACACUUGUGAUGGGGACCAAUGUUUAGAGAGCCUUAAGACUUUGGCAAAGAAAGUGUUUGUCAACGAACCAAACAAACUAAAUCAAUUGGAAGAUGUAGCUGAAAGUAUGGACGCGGAUCCUUAGAUUAUUUAUUUAAUAAACUAAUUAAUUAUCUAAAGAAAGCUAACGCUAUACGCAAGACUGAAUUCAUCUAUUACUAUUAUUAAAAAAAGAAGUAUACAUUUUACAAAAUAUUUUAUUGUUGGUACAUUCUACUUAUAAACCUAUUUAGGCAAAAUAUUCGAUUGUGUCAAAUAUAAAUAUGUGAUAUAUAAUUUAAGUGUUGUAGAUAUAUUAUAAAUAAAAAUAAUUUUUAUUUGUUUUGACGUAUCUAAGAUUUUAAUGUUAUUUUUUCAUAAAUAUUUAACAAGUGAAGCUGUUUUUUGGCAAAUAUGCAUUGAAUUUUUUGUUAAUUUUCGCGUAGGAAUUUUUUAUCAAAACUCGUUUAUAAUUUGAUAUUAUUUUACCUGUUUAAGGUACAAUGUAGAGGUAUAUUUAUAAACAAUUAUAUUUACACAUUAGGUCUAUCAAAAUGUAUCAAGUUAUGUUUGGAUAUUUAAAGAAAUCACAAGGAAAUUAUUUUAAGUAUGUUUUUAUUCAUUUGUGUAAAUAUCGGUAGUACUUUGUGCAAAUUGUUAAAUAUUUUUGUUUCCAUUGUUGAAAAGUACAAGAUCAUUGUUAAAUAAAUUUUGUUUACACUUUUUGUGCCUUUUAUUUGGGUUUUGCAUUUUAUAAAUGCAUGUUCCAGGGUAUAACAAAGCUUUAGGUAAGUUAAUUAUUUUUUUUUAAACAAUUUAUUACAAAAUAACUUACAUAAUUAAUCACUAUCACUGAGAAUCUGAAUAAUUCUUCUCCUUUUUGUAGCUCCUUUCGUAUUUUCCGAACUUUUUCGUUUCUUGUUUUUCCGUUUUUCUUUUAGUUUUAACUCUAAUAUUUCUAAUUCUGACAGAUCAUGCUGAGGACAAUCUACAUCCUCAGUAUUAACGCAA